AUGAAAAAUAAACCUAACAAAUAUGGAAUGAAAUUAUAUAUUUUAUCUGAUCCUUUGAAUGGCUAUACAUUAAAAUUUGAAAUUUAUCCUGGUAAAAAUGAUACAGACAAUUCAAUUACUGCAUUAUUUGAUAGACUUUUAUCUGAAUAUUAUUAUAAAGACCAUACAGUUUAUAUGGAUAGAUUCUACACCAGUCCGACAGUUUUAAAAUCAUUAUGGGAAAAAAAUACUAAUGGCGUUGGGACAGUUUUGUCAAAUCGUCGAGGAUUGCCUAAAGCAAUUGUAAAAGAAAAAUUUAAAAAAGGAGAAAUGACAUUUUCUAGACAAGGACCGCUAAUUUGCAUAAAAUGGAAGGAUACACGAGAUGUAUUAAUGUUAUAA